CCAAUCCACAGACGCUUCCUUAUCUAGGGUUAGGGUUUGUGUUUCGCUCCCUUUGUCUGAAUCUCGUUACAUAGAAGAUUUUUCAUAUAUCUAACGAUGAUGCAGCAGCCAGCGCCGGGUGUGGUUCCACCAUCAAUGGCCCCCCCGCCGGCCGUGGGUUCUCAGACCCACCAGCAGUUUCAGUAUCAGCAGCCACCAGUACCUCCACAGCCGCAGCAGCCUUACAUGAUGAUGAACAUGAUGCAGCCUCAGAGCCAGCCUCCACCCAUGUGGGCUACCCAGCCUCCUGCUGUUUCGCUACCGUCUCAGCAGCAACAACAGGUUGGUCAACCUCCCAGUGCGGAUGAGGUGCGGACUCUGUGGAUCGGUGAUUUGCAGUACUGGAUGGAUGAGAAUUACCUCACGAACUGUUUUGUGCACACUGGAGAGUUUGCUUCCGUGAAAGUCAUCCGUAACAAGCAAACUGGUCAAGUUGAGGGCUAUGGCUUUAUUGAGUUCACGUCUCGUGCUGCUGCUGAAAGGAUUCUGCAAACAUACAAUGGUACUCCUAUGCCCAAUGGUGAGCAGAACUUCAGGCUGAACUGGGCAUCCUUUGGCUCAGGUGAGAGGCGUGAUGAAACCCCUGACUUCACAAUAUUUGUUGGAGACUUGGCUGCUGAUGUUACGGAUUACAUGCUUCAAGAGACCUUCGGGGCCCGUUAUCCCUCAGUUAAGGGUGCAAAGGUUGUUGUUGAUAGAGUAACUGGACGUACAAAGGGUUAUGGCUUUGUUAGGUUUGGAGAUGAAGCUGAACAUAACCGUGCCAUGAUUGAGAUGCAAGGUGCUUUCUGUUCAACAAGGCAGAUGCGUAUAGGGCCAGCUGCUAACAAGAAGACCAUUGUUGGCCAGCAGUAUCCUAGAGGUAUUUAUUUUAUGGUUGUACUUUUACCAAAGGCAUCUGGGGUGUGCCCUUUGCAUAUCAUUAUUGCCUUAAGUUUGGCUGGGUUUUCAGAAUCUCACCCUUUUCUUUUAUGGUGUCAGGAGGCUCUGUCAUCUUGGGGCCUGGAACCGAUUUCAGCCUGAAAUGGUUACCCCUUUAGUCCGUGCCCUCAUUUAGGUCAGUUUUUGUGUUUAGAUUUCUGUGGCAUGUGUUGUGCUACAUAUUCAAAGUAUCUUUUUAGUUCUAUUGGAUGAGCUGUCAGUCAACUUACCUUUUGUUUCUUCUCUGGUUAGAGAUUAUCAGUCCGUUAAUAUUUCAGUUCACCACUAGUGCCUUUUUUUCCCCUUAAGUUUUAUGUUGAUUAAUACAGAGAUUUACAUAUGCAAUUUCCUAUGUACAUUCCUUGCAUACGGUUUUACCCUUUGCCUUUUCUUUAAUUCUAGAUCUGACUGUUUCAACACUUUUGCUCCCAAAUCCUUUUUCUAAUUAAAUUUUAAGGCCUUUGGCCAUUUCUGAAUGUUCCAUAGGCACUAGUAUUAUUUAUCCUUCUUGCUCCUAUACUUAUUUUACCUUCUAUUUUUCUACCUCUCAGUGAGUGUAUUAUAGACUCCAUUGUGCUGCUUCUAGUUUGUGUGGGCAUUCAAUUCUUGUAAUAAGGGUUUUACUUUUGUUGAUCAAUUCCUUGAAGUGACAAUCCCCAAACGGCCAUGGGCCUCCUUUUGUGCCUCUAGAAUUAGAAAUGUUGCAGUUGUAAGAGAUUCUGUGUUUACUUCAUUAUUAGGAUUUGGUAUGCUGAUUAAUAAUAUAUUAUCCAUAUGCUA